AUGGGUUAUACACAUAUACAAACAAAAACUCCUGUAAUUCAUCACUCAAUGAACAUUAAUGACGUAUUACUAUCAUUUAUGUCAUUCAUAUAUUGGAUUACAAAUAGUUUGGCAUCCAAUACUACUGCUACUACUACUACUACUACUACUACUACUACUACUACUACUACUACUACUACUACUAUUACUACUAGUAAUAAUAAUGUCAUAUGA